AUGGGGAGGGUAUGGUCGGGGACGGGGUGGGGGGGAUUCUUCGACAUCGCCGCCGUGGUGAGCUCCGUCUACGAGUAUAUCUGCGGGCUCUGGCCAUCGCUGGUCCAGAUCCCGCCGAGCCUCCGGUGGAGCACCGCCGCCGCCGCCGGUCCCAUCGGCUCGUCGCCAUCGCGGUGGUGGUGGCCCCCAUUCAACCUGCGGUUCGAUUUCUCCGUGAUCGACAGCGUGCUCUGGUCCGUCGUCGUCGCCGUCGAGUCCGUCGCCCUCGUCUCCGUGCUCUGCUUCUUCUUCCUCUUCUGUGGCUGCAACAUCUGA